AUGCCGGAGAUCGUAGGUAAAUUAAUGAAGCCCGAUGGCUCAGUUAUCACAGAACUUGAGAAGCAGGUCUCACAAGCUCUGAUUGAUUUGGAUAACAGUUCAGAGAUGAAGGCUCAGCUUCGUGAGUUAUACAUCGUUGGAGUUCGGGAAAUCGAAAUCGGAAACAAGUCCGUGAUUGUUGUAUAUGUGCCUGUUCCACAAUUAAAGCAAUUCCACAAAGUUCAAGUGCAGCUUGUUCGUGAAUUGGAGAAAAAGUUCGGUGGAAAGCACGUAUUAUUUUUGGCUAAGCGCCGGAUCCUUCCGAAACCUCUGCGUGGUUCAAAAAGGCGCCCCCAAAAACAAAAAAGACCACGUUCACGUACUCUUACUGCUGUUCAUGAGGCUUGGCUGGACGAGAUGGUAUUCCCAGCUGAAGUUGUUGGAAAGCGUACUCGCGUGAGGCUUGAUGGCAAGAAGAUCCUGAAGGUUCAUCUCGAAAAGGCCCAACAGACGAAUGUUGAGCAUAAGGUUGACACGUUUGUGUCCGUCUAUAGGAAGCUCACGGGAAAGGAAGUUGUGUUUGAGUUCCCUGAUCCCAUCUUCUAA